GGCCAGCCGGGGCAGAGCCUUCGAGGCACAGGAGAGGAGUCUGAAGGGCACGUGCCGGGAAACCGGCGGCCAGCGCAGAGCUCAGUGCGCGCGGCAGCCAGGCACAGCGGACCAGAAGCCAGGGCACAGCGCCGGGCGGGAUGGAAGGAACCAUGUAGGCACGGAGGGGGUGGGGGGCAGACGGAAGGAACCAUAGACAGAAAAACGGAUUCGGCGGCUCUCUGCGCCGGGGGCACUGCUGCGUGUCUAUGGUGCUGGAGGACUGAGUUCCCGCCGUGGGGCGGCGGUUCUCGGCGCUCGGGGGCAGGAUGCUGGCGCUCAGAUGGUGUACUGUAAGGAAGGCUCCUCUUCUGGCUAGGGCACUGACAUCCAUGACUAAUGGCUUCCAGUCUCCUCCAGACAUGUUUGAAGGCUACCUGCCUCAUGGAUGACAGUGUUGUGGGGAGAUCACCCUCUGCAGGAGCAGCGUGCCUUUUUCUGCAUAGAUGGAUUAGGGAAUGGAUAGAUUUGGUUUUCACCUUCCAUCAAUGUUCUGGCCAGAACAGUGACCAUGUGCAAGCAAUGCAUGAAAGAAAAGACCUACAUAUUCUAUUGGCCAAACAGCAGGAAGACUUGCCACCUAGGAAAAUGAGUGAUAGCUACAUAGAGGUUAUUUUACCUCUAGGAAGUCAACCUGAAUUAAGAGAAAAAUAUCUGAAUGUACAUAAUAGUGUGAGGUUUGGAAGAAUUCUUGAAGAUCUUGACAGCUUAGGAGUUCUCAUUUGUUACACUCACACGAAACAUGAAGCUUCUCAGAGAUCUCCUUUGUCAAUAGUUACAGCCCUGGUGGAUAAAAUUGAUUUGUGCAAGAAGGUCAUAUACCCAGAUUGUGAUAUCAAAUUCACUGGAAAUGUUUCUUGGGUUGGGAAGACCUCAAUGGAAGUGAAGAUGCACAUGCUUCAGGCUGGGUUACAUGAUGGUACUUACAGCCCUGUGUUAGAUGCAACCUUUGUCAUGGUGGCCCGUGAUCCAGAAAACAAGAGGUCAGCAUUUGUUAAUCCAUUAAUUCCUGAGGGCCCAGAGGAGGAAGAAAUCUUCAGGAAAGGAGAAUUGAACAAGAUAAGGAGGGUUGAUUUCAGCACAGCAUCCUUACUGAAAAUGGCUCCCACUGCAGAAGAAAGAACCAUUGUUCAUAACAUAUUCCUUAAUACACUGGACACAAGGACUGUAAGUUUUCGGAGUCGUGUGCUACCACCCAAUUCAGUAUGGAUGGAAGAUGCAAAACUUAAGGGCUUGGAGAUCUGCCAUCCUCAGGAGCGAAACAUUUUCAAUAGAAUCUUUGGGGGGUUUCUCAUGAGGAAAGCAUUUGAGCUGGGAUGGGCUACUGCCUGCAGCUAUGGAGGUUCCAGACCUUAUGUAGUAGCUGUAGAUGAUAUCAUGUUUCAAAGACCAGUUGAGAUUGGAUCCCUAUUACUGCUUUCUGCACAGGUUUGUUAUACAGAAGAAAACUAUAUCCAGAUUAGAGUACACAGUGAGGUUUAUGAUUCAGAUACCAGAGAGCACAAGACAACCAACGUCUUCCAUUUCACUUUUAUGUCAGAAAGAGAGGUACCACAGAUUGUCCCAAAAACAUAUGGUGAGUCCAUGUUGUAUUUAGAUGGGAAGCGGCACUUCAGUGCCACCACGAAAGAAACCGGAGAAGUGGAGAAAACUAUUGCAGCACCAUAGCAAAUUGUUAGCUUUGGAGAAACCUCUGUCAAAGAUUGCUAGCUUCCUAUGCACAGUGUAUCAGUAAUGGUAUUCCUGCUCUUUAAUGCAGUGUGGUCAUCAGUGUAGGCAUAUUGGAAAGUGGUCUGUUUUUGUACAAAAAGACAAUUAUUUAGCACUAUUUAUACAACUAGCUGUAGGCUGACUGUGAUAUUGUACAGCUUUCCCCUCUACUCUCCCUUUAGAGCUUCCACAGUUAAGAUGCAUAGCUUCUUAAAAUUCUGCUCUGACAGGCUGUUCAUGUUAGCAUAGAGGGAUGAAAACUAUAGUCCAGAAAACUUUAAAGGGAUACUACCAUAGAGAAGUCUCAAUUUUGUCACCAUUCCCAUCUCUUCUCUCCUACACACACUUGUGCUUCUCAUUAUGGUCCCGAUACAGGAAAGCUAUCAUCUCUCUAAAAUGAUGGCUGCUGAUGUUGAUAUCCUGUUUGAUCAUUUGUGUGCAAAUCUGACCCAGGGUCCUGUGUAAGUUAAAGUCAGCCUCCUGUUGGUUCUUGGGAACAGGUGCAUCUGGGCAGCAGAAGGACAGUGUGAUGUGCACAUCUGUUUUAUGUAAACAUAAUCUUUGCAAUCGUGUGUAUUUGUCUGCUGAUGGGAUCUCACAAGGUUGCUGCAGUCCUUGUUUGAAGGAUUGAUGACGUGUGUUUCUUACUUCUUUUGAGGACAAACUAAUUUUUACAAUGAAUGAAUUGGCUAAAUGUGAAGUUUACAGAUAUCUGUAUGUGGGAGAUCCCACCAAUACUGUAUACUCCUUUUUGAAUUCUUUUAUAUAAGUGGUUCAGUGAAAAAAAGACGACUAGGGCAAAUUCCUGAGAGAAUUAUUCCCGAAAGCCUUUAGGCUAAAUAUAGUACAGAUGCUAUUGGCAGAGUGCUGUGUACGUGUGGAGGGGAAUAUCAGGGUUGGAAGGGACCUCAGGAGGUCAUCUAGUCCAACCCCCUGCUCAAAGCAGGACCAAUACCCAACUAAAUCAUCCCAGCUGGGGCUUUGUCAAGCCUGACCUUAAAAAACUUCUAAGGAAGGAAAUUCCACCACCUCCCUAGGUAACACAUUCCGUUGAACCUGAUGAUCUAGCCAGCUUUCUAUCCACCUUAUAGUCCAUUCAUUCAGACCAUACUUCUUUAACUUGCCAGCAAAAACACUGUGAAAGACCGUAUCAAAGUCAAGGAAUAACAUGUCCACUGCUUUCCCCUCAUCCAUAGAGCUAGUUAUCUCGUCAUAAAAGGCAAUUAGGUUAGUCAGGCAUGACUUGCCCUUGGUGAAUCCAUGCUGAUUAUUCCUGAUCACUUUCCUCUCCUCUAAGUGCUUCAGAAUUGAUUCCUUGAGGACCUGCUCCAUGAUUUUUUCAGGGACUGAGGUAAGGCUGACUGGCCUGUAGUUCCCCGAAUCCUCCUCCUUCCCUUUUUAAUAAUUGGGCACUACAUUAACCUUGCAGAAGUCAGGGCCCAGUGACCCUGUUGAGCAGCUUAAGGCCAGGUCCUGAGGUGGAAAGAUAGCAGUGUUCUCAGACUCAGAAUGAUUCCAACCAGAUGAGAGAGUAUUGCUUGAAGAAAGAAUCCUCAACUGGACUAUAGACUGUUUAUUGUUGGUACUAAGGUGGGCAAUAAUGAAGCACUACACCAAAGGGUUAUUUUAUAUGUAUGACAUGCAAAGCAGAGCUCCAUUGUAGAGGGACUCUGACACCAGCUGAAGUCUCCAAGAAAUAAUAGAAACUCUAUAAAAUGGACUACAAAGGGAAGCCCUAGAGCUGGUCUACACUAGUGGGGGGGAUCGAUCCAAGAUACGCAACUUCAGCUAUGCGAAUAGCGUAGUUGAAGUUGAAGUAUCUUGGAUCGAAUUACCUGGGGUCCAGACGGCGCGGGAUCGACGGCUGUGGCUCCCCCGUCGAUUGCGCUACCGCUGCUUGCUCUGGUGGAGUUCUGGAGUCGACGGUGAAUGCGUUCGGGGAUCGAUAUAGUGCGUCUUAACGAGACGCGCUAUAUCGAUCCCUGAUAAAUUGAUUGCUACCCGCCACUACGGCGGGUAGUGAAGACAUACCCUUAGAUCUGGUUGAGAACAACGGUGGGAUAGGUGUGGAGGAAGAUGGAACAAUCUCCACUUAAGUACCUUAGAAAAACCUGUAUUGCAGCAAAAGAAGAAAAGGGACAAUUCAUGUGGAAGCAUGCAGCCUAGAAACGGACAUAUACAUUACACCCUUGACAAGACAUUGUGAGGAAGAUCAGAAGGAACAGAGGCAAAACACAGACAGCCCAUCCAGUCAGUAAAAGGCAGUUACUGAAACGGAGCCACCAAAGAGUAAUAUAGAUAAUAGAUGUAAUAUUAGAUUUUUUUAUUAGUACUAUGCAAUACCAAUAAAGCACAUAUUAAAUAGAUUAAGAACUGACUAACUGAUGGGUCUCAAAAAGAAGUUGUCAGUGGUGAAUCAUUACCAGGUUUUCUGGUGGGAUUCUGCAGGGCUCAGUACUAGGCCUGAUGCUUUUCAAUGUUUUCAUCAAUGAUGCAGAAGUAAAUAUAAAAUCACUGCUGAUAAAAUGUGUGGCUGCUACAAAGGUUGGUGGAGAGGUAAUUAAUGAGGAUAGGGCAGUCAUACAAAGCAGUCUUGAUCACUUUGUAAGCUGGACCUAUUCAAACAAAUGCAUUUUAACACAGACAAAUGCAAGGUUAUACAUGUAGGAACAAGGAAUGCAGGCCAUACCUGCAGAAUGGGGGCCUGUAUCCUGGAAAGUAGUGUCUGAAAAAUAUUUAGGGCUCAUAGUGGACAAGCAAUUCAACAUGAAAUCCCAAUGUGAUGUAGCAAAAAGGGCUAAUAGGAUCCAUGGGUGUAUACACAGGGAAGUAGUGAGUACAGUAGGGAGGUGAUUUUACCUCUGUAUACAGCAGUAGUGAGACUCAUUCUGGAAUUCUAUGACCAGUUUUGAAAAAUUGGAAAAGUGCAGAGAAGAGCUACAAAAAUUAUUUUGAAAACUGAAAAGCAUGCCUUACAGAGAGAGACUUAAAUAGCUUAAUUUGUUUAGCUUAUCAAAAAGAUUGAGAUGACUUGAUUACAAUGUAUGAGGAAGAAAAUACUGGGUACUAAAGAGCUUUUUAAUCUAGUGGAGAAAUGCACAAGAACCAAUGGCUGAAAGUUAUACUCAGAAAUUCAAAUUAGAAAAAAGGCACUGAUUUUUAAGAGUCAGGGUUAUUAACCAUUGGAACAAUCUACCAAGGGAGGUGGUGGAUUCUUCAUCUCUUGAUGUCUUCAAAUCCAUAGGGGAUGCCUUUCUGAAAGAUGUUUUAGCAAAACAAGUUAUUGUGCUCAAUAUAGGGUUAACUGGGUGAAAUUCUUUGGCCUAUGUUAUCCAGCAGGUCAGACUAGAUGAUCUAAUGGUACCAGCUGGCCUUAAAAAUCAACAAGUCUAAAAUCUUAUCCCAAAGCGAUUUUAGUGUGCAGCAAGCUGGAGUGUAAAUUUACAUCACCAUGUGGAGAAGCCAUUAGAAGAAGCAAGUAAUCUUGGUCUCUGACUCAGCAAUCAAAAAGGGAAUACGUUGAUAGAACUAAGCACUAUAGUAGGAUCUUAUUUGAGGAUAAAAACAUUUGAGAAAUUCAGAAUCCUGGUGGACUCUUCCGCUUGUAGUAAAGUCAGGCCAUUGUUUUUAAAAGGAAUUUAGUAUAGCUCAUUCCCAUUAAUAUUAAAAGGAAACAAAAUUCAACUGUACAGUGUUACUGUGACAUUCCCAAGUUCUCCAAUCUGGGGUGCCUUUCACACUGCUUUGCUGUGGAAACAACCACUCCUGGUUUGUUCACACACAGCCUCUAGCAUGCAAAAUCACUCGCAGCUGAAUGAUAUGAGUGCUCUAGCCAGUCGCUCCUGAAUUAUAUUGGAGAGUGACACCAGCAAAUUCUCAGUUUUAGACUUGUCCCCAGAAAUGUGCAUCUUGUACUGCCCAGCUCUUUCCUUCUGUGCAGUACAAGCUCAUAGAAAAUCUGUCAUUUUAUUAAUAGAAAGUGAUCUGCACAAACUCUGUGAUCUCAAAUGAAAUUCCCUAAUACUUCAACCCAAGCACACUGGUUUAUUAACUACAGAAAGACCUAUCAGUAGCCCCCUACUUCUUACACUUUAACAUUGGCACAGUAAUCCUGUCUGUUUCUUGCAUAACAGUUAUGAGUUAGAGUGGCUACCUAGUCCUGUCCCCAUUCUUUUUUUGUUUUUUAGCAGCAACUCUAUAUACAUAAAGCAUCAUAUUUUCCAACUUCACCUUUAGCGUAAUUUUUUAAAACAAAAAAUGGAAAACUGCCCUCAGUAGCUAUGGCCAAAGUCCAGAAAGCCAACCUAGCAAAUGCAGAAUAGAAUAAAAUGUGUAAGUGUGGAAGCCCUUUGUGUUUAUAAAAUUCCUGAUGACUUGGACUUAGAGAUGUACCCCAAUCAGAGUAAUGAUAGACAUGUAUGAAUAACUAUCUGUAUACUGUAAUUAACAAAUAAACCAAUGGAUAUACAUUA